AUGACUCAGAAGUUUUUAAACAAAUAUUUUUCCCCUGCUAAAACCACAAAGUUAAGACAAGACAUAUCUAAUUUCUUGCAGACUGACACUGAGUCAGUUUAUCAAGCUUGGGAAAGAUUAAAAGCAAUAUUAAGAAAAUGCCCAUACCAUGACAUUCCUGAACAUAUGCAAUUGUACAUUUUCUAUCACGGGUUAGAACCCUCUACUAGAAAUGUGAUAGAUGUAGCUGCAGGAGGUUCUGUAAUGGGAAAAAUCAUAGAAGAAGCAUUGCAACUGUUGAAUGAAACUUCUGAGAAGGCUAUCCAAUGGCCAUAUGAGUGUGUAAUCAUAAAAAAGGCUGCUACGAUAAAUCAGGUUGAUGCUUUAAAUACACCAACGCAGCAGAUUGUUUCUUUGGCACAAAAGUUUGAAUCUUUUCAGGUGAAUACACAACAAUCAAACCAAUCUGAGGCUUGUGACAUGUGCGGAGGAAACCAGCAGAACCAUGAAUGUCAAGCAACCAGUCAAACGGAUGAACAGUUAAUGUCAUCGGUUACAAGCCAUAUCCUUUUGGGAGUCCAAUGGCACAGAAGCAUCCAGAAUUUCAGUGGAGUAACUCAAAUGGUGCAGAAAACUCUUAAAGCUUCCAGAAACAACAGACCUUAUCAGCAAGCAAGACCAUAUCAACAAGCAGGGUCAUACCAGCAGAGGCCCCAACAAGCUCAUCCGAUUCUUGAUGACCUUUUAUACAAGUAUAUUAAGGUCACUGAUAAAAAUAUGGAAAGCCAAAAUUCAUCCCUCAAAAAUCUGGAAAUUCAGUUAAGCCAAUUGCCAGCUCUUGUGUUAGAAAAGAUUCAAGGUCCCUUACCAAGCAAUACAGAGAAAAAUCCAAAGGAGCACCUUAAGGCCAUCACUUUACGGUCAGGUAAGGAACUUGAUGAACCUUAUGCAGACAGACAGGAAAAGAACCAGACAGAACAAUAG